GCGAGGAGGAGGCGGUGUGAGGCAACCAUGGCGCGAGGAAUCAAAGUGUCGGUGUGGUCGGCGGUUGGUCCCGGGCCCCGGUGCUGGGGGGCCGGGGGCGGCGGCGCCGCGUGGCUGCUCUUGGUCGUCGCCGGCUGCGUGGUCUGCGGCUCAGCUGAUGUAAAUGUGAUCAUGCUUCAGGAAUCCCAAGUUGAUAUGAACUCCAGUCAACAAUUCUGUUAUAAAAAUGUGCUUAUCCCAAAGUGGCAUGAUAUAUGGACACGGAUACAGGUUCGGGUAAAUAGUUCCAAAUUGGUCCGAGUUACCCAGGUGGACAAUGAGGAGAAGCUGAAGGAGCUAGAGCAGUUUAGUAUCUGGAACUUUUUUUCUUCUUUUUUAAAAGAGAAAUUGAAUGACACCUAUGUUAACGUGGGUCUGUACAGCACAAAAACCUGCCUCAAGGUUGAGAUUAUAGAGAAGGAUACCACGUACAGUGUCAUUGUGACCCGGAGAUUUGACCCCAAACUCUUCCUUGUUUUCCUCCUUGGACUGACACUGUUUUUUUGUGGAGACUUGUUGAGCAGGAGUCAAAUUUUCUACUAUUCCACUGGGAUGAGUGUGGGAAUUGUGGCCUCUCUCUUAAUCGUCAUUUUUAUGAUCUCUAAGUUUAUGCCCAAGAGAAGUCCCAUUUACGUCAUCCUGGUAGGAGGCUGGUCCUUCUCUCUGUACCUCAUUCAGCUAGUUUUUAAGAAUUUACAAGAGAUAUGGAGGUGUUACUGGCAUUAUCUUCUAAGCUACAUCCUCACAGUUGGAUUCAUGAGUUUUGCAGUGUGCUACAAGUAUGGGCCCCUGGAGAAUGAACGAAGCAUUAACCUGCUGACCUGGACGCUGCAGCUGCUAGGCCUGGGAUUCAUGUAUUCUGGCAUCCAGAUCCCGCACGUUGCCUUUGCUCUCAUCGUCAUUGCCCUGUGUACUAAGAACCUGGAAUACCCUAUCCACUGGCUGUGCAGCACCUACAGAAGGAUGUGUAAGGCAUCAGGAAAGCCUACCCCCCCUCGCCUCCUGACAGAAGAAGAGUAUCGGAUACAAGGAGAGGUGGAGACCCAAAAGGCUUUACAGGAACUCCGAGAAUUUUGUAACAGUCCGGAGUGCUCUGCCUGGAAGACCAUAUCUCGAAUUCAGUCUCCAAAAAGAUUCGCCGACUUUGUGGAAGGUUCUUUCCACCUCACGCCAAAUGAAGUUUCUGUUCACGAACAGGAGUAUGGAUUAGGGAGCAUCCUUACCCAGGAUGAGGAGCUGUCCUCAGAGGAGGAGGGCUCAGAGUACCCCACUUUCACACAGAGCAAUUUCUUGACUUAAAUGGCAGUCAGUUGUUUUCAUAGACUGGCAUGGUACUCCAGGCUUUUAUAACAGCCUGGAGUGGGUGCAGGAAUUCUCCUGCUGGUACGAGGGGCUGAGUGGGUUACCCUCUGGCAGUACUUUUGGGGUGUACCUCAGGCUGGUCCUCUUCCAGGAAAGAGUGGUGGAGGCAGUGAGGGAAGCGGCAGCUUGCUUCUGACAUUUGAGUGCUUGGCCCACUUUGCCGUUCCUGAAGUAAUUGUUUGCCCACAGCCAGCACAACAGUCUAGCUCCUGUUUGAAAGUUUGCUGAAUUCUGGCAACUCUGUCACUGUGACAGACCCUCAGGUGCAGUAAUGCAUUCAAAUGGAGGCUGCAUCUUUUAAAGAGAAUCUCUAAGUCUGAGCCAUUUUUUACUUCUGUCUGCUUCUAUUUCAGUGGAUCCUUAUAAUAAUCCUGAAUGUUUUAAAUAUUGAAGAAAAAUAGAUUGUUACUUAUCUUGUUUUUAAAACAAAUAUAUUUUUUUAAGUGCAAGAAAUUCAUG